UUUAUUAUUAUAUCAGAUAUAUGGUACUGUAUUAUUUAGUAAAUGUCAUUAAAAGGCAAAUAAUGAUGUAAAUAAUAUAUUCAGUAAUUAAGAUUUUCUUUGUUUACGUGUAAAAAAAAUAACGAUGUUUCAUUGGUUUCAUUUGAAAUGGGCUUCUUAAUUAAUUAGCAUUGAUAUUUGUGAUCUUUUUCUGGAUUAUUAGAUAUAAGAGGACAAGUAAGAUAGAGUUUACGCGAUGAUAGAUAGUAUGUGUACGUUAAUUACUUAACCUUUCUCCUUAUUAGAGCCCUCCUUUCUUUCUUGAACUUAAUCAUCGUACUCGCUAAAGUAUUAAUAUAAAUAAUUUAUCAUAUUACGUACAGUAAUUAAUCUUUUGUUUGACCCAUAAUUACUGUAUCUUACAAAAAUAUCAUUUUUUUCAUAACAUUUACUUCACAAUCACAUUAUUAUACAAGUUGAAUCGAAUAAGAUAUGGAUAAGGAAUUUGAAAGAUUUCACCAAAUUAAACUAAUGCCAAAUCGUUAUAUAUUGGAUAAGGGAACUAAAAUGGUUUUAUUGUUGGCUUGGAACAUGGAUAGGAUAUCAUCCACCUUUUAUCAACACACCGCAAGAUGCACAUUACCCAAUGGUAUAAAUAAGGGGAAUAAUUAAAUCCAAAUAUUGUCCUGAAAAGAUUUUAAUAUGUAAAAAAGUAAUGUUCGGACAGUAUUUUUUUACUGUUCUGAUUGUCUCAUCAAAUCUAUCAUAAAGGUCAUCAAGUCCACUAUGCCAUAGUUUUAAUUCUUUAAGUUGAAAUUUUUUAUCAGAUAGAAAUUCAUAAUGAUGUGAUAUAAAACCUUUACAAUAAAUAAAUUUAAGUCGUUCCAGACGCUUUAAAUUUGAUAUGAAUGAUAAAUCAAUAUCUCGAAAAUCCAAACAUUCAAACAAUAACUCCUUUAGAGUUUCUGAACGAAAUUCUAAUGCUUUUAUAAUUUUUUUAGCAUUUUCUUCUAUAUUAACAAUACAUAUUAAGACUCUUUCUAAAGGUUGUAAUUGAAUAAUAUCUAAAA